GGCGCCGGAUCGAGCUUAUGAGGUCCACUCCAUACUGUUUGUGAAGCGGGUCCAUUCCGGGUAGUGAUAUCAAGCCUUGGAUCUACGUUUCUUGUCCUGCUAUCCUAAUUUAAAAUCCUUCUGUUUCUUGCCUGUUGAAUUCUAUAACGGCUCAUCAUCUUGGUCCACUGGCUACUCUUACUUGCUACGACAUUGAUUGCCUCAUAUAUUCAUUCGUGGCCGCCCUAAUACAAACACAUCAGCUAUCAAAAAGACGUAACACGAUUUUUAUAACGAGCCUAGACCACCCGACCGAUGGACAGAUAUUGGCAACUGAAGGGAGGUCACGGACUCAUCCUCCGUACCGCACUUCGAACUGCGCAAUUCCUUUCGGCCAUUAUCACUGCAGGGCUCUACGGAGCCGACUUGGCUUUAUUCACCAGACAACACCAAGCAGCAAAUAGCACGUGGCUCUUCGCAGAAGUAUUGGUGGCGUUCUCAGCGAUUACCGGCGCCGCUCACUGCAUAUUCACCGUCACGCAUCUGCUCUGGUGUUCAUGGGACGCAGCCUUGUCUCUCAUGUGGAUGGUGGUGGCCAUUUUGGCGGGCCAGCAGAUUUUCAGCGACCCCGACGAACAGCUUGCCGUUGGCAUCAAUGCGCACGACACGCAUAUUCAUGUCUCGUUCGCAUUCGACAUAAUCAACAUGCUGCUUUGGCUCGCGACAGCCAUGGAGGCAUGUAUCCUCUGCUGUACGGUGCGGACGAUCAGGAGAAAACAGGAGAAUUCAGAAACUGCGGAUAUACCGCUACAGAAGAUACGGUCAGACGAAGAGUCAGGAUGUUGACGCAGCAACGAAGGCUUCACGUUAGCAAGGAUGGAAAGACCUAUAGCAUUCCCCAGCACAAAAUAGAUAGUAGUAGCUCAACAACUUGGGAGAGACCCCCCAGAGUGUGGUUGACUUCACAUUAAAGCAACGAAUGAUGUAUCACUAUCUUGAAUGGGUUGCGUAAAUAUGUAGAUUGCGACUGGAGUCUAUGUUUAUGCAGGUCAUACGCUCGGUCGUGCCGCG